CACGUUCAAUGCCAAUAACGCGCUGGCGCGUCGAUACAUGACUUUAGCUAGGUGCCGACGACGCUCUCGCGCGUUCAGACUUUCAUCGAUUAUUAUCUUGGAUUAUUUCACUGGCGCUACAACAGGGCUUUUUAUAUUUUAAAGGCAGGUAACUAGAGGUAUCAAUUCUCUAAUUUUGUUCUUGGUUUUUCGAUUUACGACUUUUUGUCCCGAUAGGAUGUGUAUAUCUGUUGGCUUUGUAUUAAGUGUAAAUAUCAGUAAUAGCACAUAUAAUUCUGCAAAUGCUUAUUAAUUUAUCGGAUUACUAACCGUGUAAAAAUUAAACAUUCCCAGAUUUCGGUAUUUCCCCUAUUUUCUAGAGUCGCUAAUCGUAAAGCUUGGUAAUACCCCGAUAAUUUCGGUGUUUCCCCUAAAUGUUAUUUGAGUUCUUUUACAUCUCCUUUGGUUAUUUUAUAUUUGAAUGGCAUAGGGUAAGCAUACGGAAGUGCAAAAAUGAAUAACACUGACGAUAUUUUACAAAGUGGCUCAAAUUCAAAUAAAAAAAUAAAAUUAGAUAUGAAAAAAAAAUUAACAGAGGAAGAACUUUUGAGAUUAUUAGAAACAAGCGAUGAAGAAUUUAGUGACUUUCUUGAUUCAGACAGUGAAUAUUUACCAGAAUCUGAGGAUGAAAUUGAAAAUACUUUACCUACAGCACUUAUUGAGGAUACGGAAGAUACGCCUAAUCUACUCGUUGAUGUUGAUGAAAGCGAUAAAUGGAAAGAAAAUUUUGAUGGUAUGAAAAAUUUUCCUUUUUUAAAACACCAAGAGUUACUAGUAGAAGUUUCCGAUAAUAAUCCAGUUGACUUUUUUCGGAUGCUACUUACAGAUGAAUGUUUGCAGCAAGUAUGUGAUGAGACAAACAGGUAUGCCGAGCACAUUUUCUUAUCUAAUGCAGGGGCGACACAUUCUAGGAUUUUCGAUUGGAAAAUUUUGACUUUCGAAGAACUGCUAGUCUUUUUAGGAUUAGUUCUACACAUGGUUUGGUUUUUGCCAACCCUGAUUUUAUGGCCACCAAAUGUGCAUUUCACGAGUCUUCAACAGUCUUCGGAAGUUCCUCCAAUAGAUAUCGUGGACAUAAGCAACUACUUUCUAUGUAGUUAUAAGUUAGCCGAAGGAAUGAGCAUAUGUGCUGCAGUCCACAGCAUGAUGAAAAAUAAUGUUUUAUUAGAUAUGGUGGAAUCAAAAACAGAGGAGCAUCAUUUUUACCGAGCACAGGUCAACAGUGAAAUUACCAAAGCCCUUACCUAUUAUGUUAAACUGGUCCUCUCCAUGGACGGAAGUAUUACUGAAGCAUCGUGUGAAUGCAUUGCUGGCAAAGGAUAUAGAGCUGUAUGCAAAUAUCUUGCUGUUGUGUGA